GCGCGUCCUAUUGUCUUCGAUCACUCGUCGCCGACGUCGGCCGUCGCCGUCGUCCGUUCACUUCUCACCGUCGCUCACUUCACUCCGUAUACGCUCACUCGGCUGCCGUCGCCCCGACUCGCCACUGCGUACCGCGCAUCGCCCCCGGGAUCGUAUCGAGGACGAGGACCUCCGGUCGUCGUUGUCUUCGUCUUCGUCGUCGUUGCCGCCGCCGGACGCGGCUCUCGUCCUCGGCGAAACUCGCUUUGUCGCGCGCGCUCAGAUCGCAGGCGUCUCGCAACACGGGAACGGUGUAUCACUGCGGCCGCACGAUGUACAUAACGCAUACGUGCUCCGUGCGCGCGCACGUACCAUACACAUGCGCGCGGAGAUACGUAAACUUCACACACACACGCCGAGUAUACGCACGGCACGCACACGUACGCGUCACCCGUAACGCGCGCGCUUGACAGAGAGACGGGCACAGGGCACAGCGCGGGGGAGAGAUAGAACGACACGGUCGUCAGGCGCGAGGGCCGCGAGGGACGGAGCGAGAAGAGUGGGAGAGCGGGCUGAACUUACUGUCGUGUAAACACGAGCAAGUUCGGAAGUGUGACUCGUAGAUUUCGCACGCGCUGCACGACUACACGCAGAUGAGUCGGCGACUCGUGCACCAAUGGACGGCCCGGGCACGGUUACAUGGGAGGAAUUCCUCGAGAAUGCAGAGAAGUUUCUUGUUGUUUCAGCCAAGAUAUCGGAUGGAUGGGAGCUUCGUGGGGACAAGGAUAUUCCCGGAGAAGCUUAUCUAGUUAGGAGAGCCAAGUGCUUCGUACCGAACGACUCGGCUACGAAAAAGGACGGAUCGACCGGUGACGACGACGAUGCCGAGGAGUUCCACGUGAAAUUUCGAGAAGACCCGCACGAAGCCACCUCCACGAGCGAAACGCCUUUCAUCAUCGAGCAUCACAUUCUGUGGUCUGUUAGCUACAGCGUCCCGGUGCUCUUCUUCAAUGGAUGGAAAUCAGAUUUCCCCGGUAUUAACCCAGUGAGCGUAAAUGAGGCUCAAACGGUUCACGGUUCCAAAUUAAAUUACACGGAAUUAUCGCAGGCGAUUCAUCCUAUCGUCGGCACGCCAUUCCUACAAUUACAUCCGUGUCUAUCGCAGGGGUUGCUGCAGACCAUGUCGAAGAGCAAGAAUAAGCUCGUUAGUUGGCUGAGCUGCGUGGCAUCCGCGGCCCUAAAUCUCAAAAUACAUCCGGAAUAUUUCAAACUGACUCACUGAAGCCUAAGACGUUUCGAGCAUUCUAAGGGACAACGAACAUCCAAGAUCCUGUAAAUAUAUAUGUGCGAAUAUUAUCCUUUGUGUUUACUGAAAGAAAGAGAAAACAAGCCAUAUUUUACGUUCGUGACCCUAGAAUUAUCGUUCAAGUGAUCAGCGACUGGUCAUUCGAAGUCGCUUCCUGUAUAUGGGUAUCUAAGCAUAGCCGGAGAGAUCACCUCGGUAUGCGAGAAGAGCCCGGGUCUCAUCUCCGUUCGGGCAUACGCGAAUAAUUCCAGUCACGGAUAUUCGAUGGCGACGGCGAUUCGAGUGGAAUCCGUCCGCGGGCGUCGACAGCGGCAUAGCGGAUCUAGCAUUGACCCACGGCGGACCGAGUAAAUUGCUCGCAAUUGGGCGACGUUUCGCAUCCGCGCGCGAGGGGAAAGCGGGAGGGUAAAAGAGGUUGGAGCGUGGAAAAGAGAGCACGCAAUUAAUGCAACCGCGUGCGCGCGCGCGCGCGCGCGGCAAUUAGUCCGCAACAAGGACGCAUUUGCGUGCGGCCGGCCCCGGGAAUAUUCGUUCUCGACGAACGCGCAGUUUUCAUAUACGCGCGCGCGCAAAAGUACGUACAGUCGGCUGCGUUAACGAUAUCCGGGAUGCGAGGCGAUUAACACGCUUCUCGCUAAUUUUUCUUUCGCUCUUCGCGAACGAGAGACGGCAAUCGAUCUGAUUUAAUCGCGGUUAAUCACGUAAAGGAAGUACGAUUCUGAAGUAUCGUAAGGAAAAAUAAUGUAAGGGGAGAGAAAGAGAGAGAACGAGGAUAUAUUGUCGGGCACCGUUAACGCAGCCGAUUGUAAGCAACGCUCCUCGCGUCUCGCGCGACUCGCGCUCGCAUCCGCGCGUUCGCGUCGCACGCGCGUCAGCGAUUCUCAACCGAGCCACCGUCAGCCACCGCCGCCGCCGCGGCGGACGCUUGGCGAUUAAUAAUCCCGUUAGCCCCGUCCUCCCCCAUCGCCGAACACGGCCCGUGCGUGUGACGAGCGUCCGUAUCACGAAACACGUGCCGUUCUAAAUUACAAUAGCAAAUGUACGAUGUUAUUCAUGUCCGACCUCCAUUCGGAAUAUUCGGAUAGUUCUCGCGCAAAAA